ACAUUUAUUUAUUUAUUUAGCAUCUGGUUCCGAGUUCGUCGCACAUUUCUGUGUGGAAACUGUGGCAACCACAAUCGGGGGCUCAGCAGCUGAAACCAGCAAGCCGGUAGGUUGAAUCUAGGAAGAGAAGAAGGAAGGAAGAAGAAGAAAAUGGGGACUCUCGGACGAGCUAUCUACUCCGUUGGAUUCUGGAUCCGUGAAACUGGCCAAGCCCUCGAUCGUCUCGGCAGCCGCUUUCAAGGAAACUACUACUUCCAGGAACAACUAUCAAGGCAUAGAACGCUCAUGAACGUAUUUGACAAGUCCCCUGUGGUUGAUAAAGAUGCUUUUGUGGCUCCUAGCGCUUCCCUCGUUGGGGAUGUUCAGGUGGGAAGAAGUUCCUCCAUUUGGUAUGGCUGUGUUUUGAGAGGCGAUGUAAACAGCAUUAGCAUUGGUUCUGGAACAAACAUACAAGACAACUCUCUUGUUCAUGUGGCGAAGAGCAACCUUGCUGGAAAGGUUUUGCCCACUAUUAUUGGUGACAAUGUUACCAUAGGCCAUAGUGCUGUGUUACAUGGAUGUACUGUUGAAGAUGAGGCAUUUGUGGGUAUGGGGGCAACCAUACUAGAUGGAUCGGUUGUUGAGAAACAUGCCAUGGUUGCUGCAGGGGCCCUUGUAAGACAGAAUACAACAAUCCCCACUGGAGAGGUUUGGGGAGGUAAUCCUGCAAAGUUCUUGAGGAAGCUAACAGAAGAAGAAAAGGCCUUCAUAUCGACGUCAGCCAUAAACUAUUCAAACUUAGGUCAGGCUCACGCUGCUGAGAAUGCAAAGAGCCUUGAUGGGAUCGAGUUUGAGAAGUUGCUGCGUAAGAAGUUUGCCAACAAGGAUGAGGAGUACGACUCCAUGUUGGGCAUUGUUCGCGAAACUCCCGCCGAGCUUAUCAUUCCAGACAAUAUUCAAAACUCAUCCAAGAAAGAGGUUUUGAGUUAGAAUAAUUGUUAUUAUUAUUUUUUGGUAUGCAGUGGAAUAUUAUGCAGAAUUUUUCAUUUCAAAUAAUUUCUGCUGACUUAUACACAUCUCGGUCAGGAUCAUUUUAAGUUUCUGAGACAUGGACCAUGGUUAGCCUUGCUCUUAUCAUGGCUAAGUUAUUAUUAUUAUUUUGUUAUGUUAUUCGAUUCACAAAAUGGGAACUCAAUUGAUCGAUCUACUUGUGUUUGUGUUUGACUUGGAAAUAAAAUGUGUUGUUUCCUA